CUUGAAUAAAUUAGUUUAAACUCAGGGCCCACUUCAGCUUUUAUAUUGUUAACCAUUUCUUGCUCAUGUUUGUAAGGAAUCACCAUAGUGCUAUCUGCUCCAUCUGAGCUGCAGCACUCUAAUGUGGACAAACACCAGGGGAGGAUUUGUGUUACAGUAUGGACACACACUCUUCAUGGAAUGACACAAGCUCGCACAAUGAGAUUCUUAUGGAUACCAUGUUUUCCAUCUUCAACUGCACAGUCUUAACGCUGACUUUAAUCGUGGGUUUACCGGGGAAUUUGUGGAUUUGUUGGGUUGUUUUCAGGACAAAGAGUUUGCAGACGUGCAACAACGCGCUGCUGGUCAGUUUGGCAGCCAGUGAUCUGCUCAAGUGCUCAGUGGACACCCCGCUGCUCCUCUUCUCCUUCCUCCGCUACGGUAAGGACAGCCAGGUGUCUGUGUCUGUGUGCACCUUGCAGCAGUUCACCUACGCGCUGUGCAGCUGCGUCCAGCUCCUCACGCUGGUCAGCAUCAGCGUGGAGCGUUUCCAAGCCAUCGCGUUUCCUUUCCAAACUGAGGGGAGAAGAGCGAGGGUUCGAGUGUGGAUCCUCUCCAUCUGGGCAUGCGGUCUCAUACUGGCUGUCAUCUCUUUGGCUCUAUCCAAAAAAGCGCUUCUUUACAUGCUGUGUCGUCCACACGUUGGUGUUUCCAAGGACGAGCCUUUUCCAUACAGAGAUCCAUUCGGACCCUGCGUCCUGGUGCCGGUUUGGGGUCUAUCAAUAACUGUGAUAGUUAUCUACUAUGUGAGGAUAUUCAAAGUUGUAAGGCAGCACCGGAAGAAAGUUUUCAGUCGUGGAGUCCAACUGAGGCCCACGGUAUCGGAGCACGCGUGGGGAGCUUCAGCACCGCGAACAGCUCCGCCGGCCUCCUUCAAGUCUCUUGCCGCUGUGGGCUCCUGCUCCCCACUACCUUCCCACCGGACUGUGCUUUUGGUGGCCCAAGCCAGCGCUCCCUGUGCGGGCCCGUCUCCAGGGGUUAACUCGGAGAGACCUCCGGAGAUAGUGGGUGCAGUGUGUCUCCUUACACCAGGAGCCAAGGAGCGAGGGAAGAAACAGAUGGAGGGGAAACUGGCCAAGCGUUUUGGAUACAUAAUCAUUGCUUUCACGCUUUUCUGGGUGCCGAUGGUGGUUUUCCUGCUGAUGAACGUCAUCUCGUGGCAGGAUACGGACAAAGUGAGUUUAACUUUUCUUCUUUUUUGCCAGACUAAGGCUGUUUAUCUCAAAUACAGAUAAUAUAAACAUAAAAUACUAAAAUCUGUCGGUCCUGCAGGGGCGUGUCCAGACUUUUUAGACUGAGGUGGCCCAACUGCAGAACUGUCUCAUGCCUAGUUAGGAUUUGAUUGCCAGUAAAUUAAUUCGUGACAUUUCAAAGCUAUAGUGUACUAGAAGCACGUAGAAACAAAAUAGAUGGCCACAUACAAGAACAAAACAUUCUUUGAACACAUGUCCACUUCUCUGACCAGGCAAAUAUCCUACUAGUUUGAGGUGGCCAAUCAGAUUUUCAGAAGGGGGCUUAUGUCACAUCAGCCCAUCCUGCAAUCCAGGAAUAGACGUCAUGUAUAGAGUGUUUUACUGUUUGUAUAUCUACAUAGGAACUGGUGUACUUACAUAGAGGCUGUCAUUUAGCACUGCCAUGUUUCUAAAGUAGCGCACACCUGAUAAAUUAGUUACAUAUGUGUUUUUAUACUCAGAGGGCGACCACGCUAAACACACUAGUUGGAAGAUGACCAAGACAUUGUUUGUAAUUUUGCACAUAAGAAUUCAUAUCAACAGAUGUUUAUGUUGGUAAAAACUUGACAAAUAGAGGAUCAGUAGUGCGUAUCAUGAUUCACAGAAGCUUCUUGUCCUCAAAGGUCAAUGUGAUUUCACCAGGGGGAGGGGUGAGCAAGGGGGCACUACAAUAAAUCUGGAAUCUGACUAUUAGAUAUGGCUAAUUACUUCAAGUUUAUGAUACUGUAGCUUUAUUUUUUCAGGUCGAAACACUUAAAACUGCAUAAUUUAGUGUGACGUAAGACAGCCUAGCUUGGCACAUAAAAUUAUCGAUUUUAGCACUGCAGUUGAUGAUUACCCGGGAUUUCCACCGCAUCCGGAACGGCUCUGAUCCGGAACAUACGCCAAUUCCGACCGGGUCCGUUUGUGAGGCGAAUUUUGUGGCGGAUUACACACAGCAGGAAUCGCAAGAACUCACAAGAACCUGCGGAUUCAUGCGCAAUCACGUGAUAACAAGUUGUCUUUAGCCACAUACGCUAACCGUAUAACCAUAUGGACUUAUAAAAUCAGCAUGUCCUCAUCCAUGGUGUCAUUGGGGUGAAAUGCUGUCUAAAAACCUUUCACUUGUUCAUCUCCACCUGUUUGCACGGUGUGAAAUACGAUCCACCUGAAACACGGAGUGUUUUAUUUUGAAAAGAAGCCGGAUGUUUUAUUUUGUGUCUGUGCCCGACUUCCUUUCCAGGUUAAUGUGUGCUGAAUUUAUCCGGCAUGCUCCGGCGUCCGGAAAAAGAAAAAAAAAAACUCUUGCGAUCAGCUGCGGGGUCCGGUGAUCCGCAGCAGAAACGAAUGAAGCUGGUGGAAAUUGACAUUUCAUAGCCAUUCCGGAUGCGGUGGAAAUUAGUUUUUACAUUAAAUGUCUCUUGUGUAUCUGCAAAGCUAUGAUGGGUAUUUCUAACUGUUUUCUACUGUUUUAAUACCUUGCAAGGGGGUCUUUCAAAUAUAAAUUUACCAUUUAACUGCAAAAACUGUAUAUAUGCUGCAGCAUUUUUUGGACAAGUAUUCUUUCUGCACUCUUUAACCUCUCUCUCAUUGCCCCUACAGUUGCUGAUGGAGCUCGAGACGUCUGCGAUGGUGCUGACCUGUGUGCAGGCUGCCGUGGAUCCACUCAUCUACACUUUAGUCACAAGACAGUUUCGCUCUGAACUCAGCAAGAUCCUCUCCGCCAUCCCAGGGUGCCCCUUAAAAUUGAGAGCAUGAAGGUUCACUGCUCAAAACAUUUGGGUCACAAGAACUGCUCUUUGUGGAGUAGAAAAUACCACUUAAGCCACAACGACUUCACACAACAGAGUGAUUCAGAGACGGGUGAAGAAGAGAGCCCACAGCUUGUGUAUUUGUGGCAGAUAUAGAUGUUUUAUCAGGCGUUUCACAGUCGGGACACAAGACAAGGUCAUAAAUAAUAUCCAACACCUGACAAGAUACGCACAGCAGUAGUCUGAACAACGACAGGUGGCAUAGGAGGGCAAAGCAAAGAUUGAGAGGAAAACUGACUGAGCCCAGAAAGAAGACAAUCAAAGAAGAGUACAUAACAGAGAGAGAGAGAGAGCUAGAGAGAGAGAGAGAAAGAGAGAGAAACACAAUCACAGACCUCUGCUUUUGUUGUUUGUAAAUCAAAUGUGAUCCUUUGACAUUUUGAGCUGAGAGUUUCUUACGUAAUAACCCAGGCUGUCAUUUUAAAGUGCAGCUGACAUAAAAAACCUGUCUUGGAAAAAAAAAGGUAGCGGUAAAUAAAACACGUUUCAUUUCUAUCUCAGCAACAAAUAAUACAGGAACCUCACCUCUGCCUUUUACCUACAUUACACUCUUGUUGUAGUAGAUAAUAGAUGUUGAGUGUCGGACUUGAUGCUGUGAAUAUGGAGUCAUUGUCUUCAACCUUUACCUUUUAAAGAGAAUUGAAAAAGCCAGCCUGUGCUUGUCUUCUUUUUUUUCCACUCUGGGUAAAUUUGCACACAGCUUGGCUAAACGCUAAAACUGGAUCUAGGCAGCUGUAGUCAUUGUGUACAGUAUUAAAAUAUCAGCAACAGUACUAGGUCACUGCUAAGAAUAUCAGAGAUUAAACAGAUCCAGUUUGAGUAUUUUUUGUUUUGUGUCAAAGUCAGAGGGAACUAAAGCACAACAGAGGGGUCUAAGGGGUCUUGUGUAAUGAUGCACUGAUAUGGUACAAAUUAUGCUGAAUAUAUUUCCACUUGUUUCGCUUCUGCAGUGAUGAUAUGAGUUUUUUUUUCGUAAGUUUUAGUACAAAUACAUUUGUAAAACUGGUUAAGCUUUUCCUUACCUUCAUCUCAAGGUAACUGAAGACUUCUCUAGAAAAAACAUGAUACAUUUUGCUGCUAGUUUGCUUCAAAUACAAUCUAAUUUUACAACAGCUACAUAUGCGCGGACAUAAUAUUCGACCAAUUCAUGUAUUGCUUCUGAAAUAUGCUCCUGACUGACAUGGACAGAAUGCUGAAAGAUCGGGCGCAUCUGUAGCCCUGUCUGUGUGCUCUUGAUCAACAUUUGACUUCGUCUAUGCAGAGCAGAAAUGGGUGCUUAGCCUGUUAACCAGCAGUGGUCUCAUCCACCUACAGACAUAUCUAUGUGUCUGUGGAGCUGCUGGAUGACAUUCAGGUUGAAGAAGGCCAACAGAGAGGCAUCAGCUGGCAGGUCAGCAGAGCUAAAAAGGUCAGCAUCCAUAGUUAGAAAGGUCAACUGUGAAAGGACUUGAUGAUAAGCAGUACUACAGUUACUUGUAAGGGCAGACUGAGUUACAUGUGUUUUUAAGUGACAGAGAUCUGUGGAUUGCUCAGCCAGGGUCCUCCAUGUCUCUGGUGUCACCAUUACGACAGACUUUCCCCCCGCUUCGAGAAGAUAAAGGAAAUGAAAUUAUCUGAAACACCAAGGAGGACAAAAAGUACAAACAUCAAGUUUCCUAUCCACAUAGAGUACACAUACCCAACAACUUUGAAAAAAUGCCCGCUGAGAUCAGGGAGAAGAAGAAAAAACAUUGACGCCUAUAAAGACUACUGAAAGCAUACUGUUGUUCACACAGGAGGUAGGGAUACAACAGGACAACAACAAGAAAGAGAGAGAAAGAGAAAGAGAGAAAGAAGAGUGAGAGAGAAAGACAGACUGAGGGAAAGAGAACGAGAAGACAGUUUCACUGGUUCUGCCAAACGAUGGUCAAAUAUUACAAAAUAUUCUAUUAACAAUAUUCACAAAGAACCCAGGUCCAGGACUUAUUUGUGUCAGAAAUUCUCAGCAAAUGCCUUGUGCUUUUAACUGUGGUGGUUUGAAUUGAAAUUUUUUUCUUCUUUUUUUAGUUUCUUUGUUAAAUAACUGAGUUAUUUGAGGUCUAGGCUGCAGCAGCCGUAAAAAGGAAAGAAAACAAGGAGAGGGGGAAUUCAGGAAAACACAAAAACAGAUCAAUCUCUUUUUACUCCAUGAAAACAGGCACGUGUUGUGUAAAAGGCUUUGUAGCUGAGAAUUUCUGGCACAAAAGCGUUCCCUAAACCCUUCAGAGUGGCAGCUAGUCAAAUAUACCGUAUACUGAGCCAUAGAGACUUCCAGAAGAAUUGAAACACAGGAUUUCAAUUAACUGAGACACACACACACACACUCCUAACACUCUCUCUCACACACACAGGCUCAUACCUUCUACCGAAUACAUCACAAGUCCUCUAGCUAGCAAAAAUUCACAUAAACUCAUUCACAAAUUGGAAACUUGUUGUCACAGACUUGUCAAUCAUAUUUCAUCUUUUAAAGAGUUUUUCGCUCAAGUGGAGAAUCGUUGGACCUGGAAAAGACUGAUGGAUUAUUCAUCUAUCAACAGGUGAGUGGACCAAAAUGAUAAAACCACAGAUUGAAAUUAUGUGUGGGGAAAAAAGUUUUGAAAUACAUGAGUUUUUUUCCUGUAUGCUUCCUGCUAAAAACAGUCAAACUGAAGCGAAAAUCAUAAAAAGGUGCUUUGUGCACAGUGACACAUGACUUACUUCAGGAGGAGUCUCUCCCAUCUCCUCAUCUAGAACGACUCUCUACACAUUCCCCACUCCCCCGCGCACACACACACACUCUUCACACACACACAUUCGCGCACACAGGCAUGCCAAACACCCACUAAUGUGAAUAUACUGUGUCUAAAAGCCAUCCUCGGUCUGCAGAAGGAGUCCAUGUCAUUACAGUACAUGACCAGCAGAGGGCAGGCUCCA